GCUACCUCAUUGCUCUUCAUUCAUCAGUCAUGAAGUUUUUGGUGAUCGCCGUCGUCUUGCUCGGGGCUGCUAUAGCCGAAGAUCCUCUGUACUACAGGGAUUACCACGAUGACGUCGGCGUAGCCCUCGCAGCGAAGAUCAAGGCGAGAGAGGAAGCUGCUGACUUCGAUGGAUCAAGAAUUACGGGAGGAAACGCCGCCGCUUUAGGCGCUCAUCCUCAUGUGGGUGGCCUUCUCAUUACUUUGACCGACGGCCGCACCUCCGUCUGCGGCUCCUCCCUCCUGUCCAACACGCGCGCCGUCACCGCCGCCCACUGCUGGAGAACGCUCCUCAAUCAAGCUACUCAGUUUGUCGUCGUCCUCGGCUCACUCAGGCUUUUCAGCGGCGGCGUUAGGAUCACGACCAGCAGCGUCGAAGUUCAUGGAAACUAUCUGUCUAUCCCGCUCAUGAAUGAUAUUGCUAUGAUCAACAUUAACCACGUUACGUUUACCGAUGCGAUUCAACCCAUCGGCCUUCCCACCGCGCAGGCCAACAACAACUUCGUCGGCGUGUGGGCGUGGGCUGCCGGCUUCGGCGUUACUGGCGAUAACGUGGGCAUUACGACAGACCAGUUCCUGAGCGAGGUGUCUCUGCAAGUGAUCACCAACGCGGUGUGCCAGCAGACGUACGGCGCUCUCACCGUGUCUUCCAGCGUCAUAUGUGUGGACACCACCGCUCAGAGGAGCACCUGCGGCGGGGACUCCGGCGGCCCUCUCUGGAUUUGGAGUGGAAACCAGCGCAUCUUGAUCGGCGUCACCUCAUUUGGACACCGGGACGGUUGCCAGGAGCGCCACCCGGCUGGAUUUGCUCGCGUCACUUCCCAUCUCUCUUGGAUCCAGGCUAGGCUUUGAAUGCUCCACAAGACUUAAUAGUUAUUUAUUUUAAUUAAAACCAACUGCUCGUUAUUUAUUUUAA